UUUUUUUUUUGUUUGGUUUUCUUAUUUUCAAAUAUGAAUAAAUUAAAAUCAACAUUUCAUAGAAAACAUUCUAUUCUAAAAGAUAAUAUUACUGUUGUUCAAAAUCGUUCUGAAGUGUUUGUACAGAAAGAAGAAAAGAAAUUACCAGAAUUAAGUGUAUACAACUUGUCAGAAAUAAUAGAACGAAAUCAGUAUUUAACAUGGUGGAAAGACUUGAAUCCAUUCUCAUUUGAAAGAGUAGAUGUUCAAACUAUUUUUGACUUUACGUCUACAAGUGAAUUGCCCGAGUCCAUCUUAAACAUAAUCUUUUCAUUGUUUGAAGCUACAAGAAAAGAAGGCUUUACACAAGAGAAUUUUUUUGCUAUCUUGAGACUCAUUGCCCAUGCUCAACAAGGAAGAACAAUUCUAAAUCCUGAUAUCGUUUAUUUAGGAGACUAUAAUAGGUCAUCAUCAUCGAUCAAAAUCAGUUCCUUAUAAUUUUUUAUCUUCUAUUAACACCACUAUGACGGACUCACUACCGAAUAAUAAUAUUCCAAACCAUCCUUUAUUGUUAACUCAAAGCUUUCAACCAUCAUCUACUAUAAAUCCAUUUGAUGAUGAUGAUGAUGAUGCUCAAUCUUCUUCUUCUUUUACAAAUAAGAAUAAUGAUUUAACUUUACUACCACCGCCCAAGGUACCACCUCAAUCUACAAAACCUGCUAAACUAAAAUAUGCUAGACGAUAA